AUGGCACAAGUGUCCGCUCUUCGUGCAGCGGUGGCACUUCUGAUUGCCACUAGCCCAUGCAGCGUGCGGGCAGGCAAAGACACCCAUACAUACAAGCCUUUGGAAGAUGUUGUGGUAUGGACAGACAAAGUGGGUCCCUACAACAACCCGCAGGAGACUUACGAGUAUAGCAUUCUCGGCCUCUGUGAGCUCGAAGGUGAGGACAUAUCCGUGGAGCAUGGUGAGCUUUCCAUCGGUGAAACCCUUGAGGGCCACGCAUUUCACUCUUCACCUCGGUUGGACAUCCACUUCGGACAGAACAAAGGCCACACCGAGCUCUGCAGCAUGGUUCUGACAGAAGAGAAGGCGAAGGACCUCGCGGGGAUGAUCAACGACAAUUACUGGUACCAGCUGUACAUUGACGAUUUGCCGAUAUGGGCAUUUGUUGGAGAGCACUCCAAAUUUGCACUAGAUGUCAGUCGGUUCUCGAUGAUGUACCGGGACAACAAUAGGUCACUCCAGCUUCCUUCAUCGGGAGCUGCCCCACCAGUACCCAAGCACUUAAAGGGGAAGCCUCUUCCGCGAAUCUACACUCAUCGACACUUCACAUUGUUCUACAACCAAGACCAGAUCAUCGAGGUAGACAUGGAGCCCUCCUCACCAUGGCCAAUUUACGGUGGCGCACCACUGAACUUGUCGUACACGGUCCAGUGGUUUCCAACCGGCAACGAGUUCAAGGACAGGACUAAUCGAUAUUUGGACCCGAAGUUUUUCGAGCACAAGGUGCACUGGUUCUCCAUCGUGAACUCCUUCAUGCUCUGCCUGUUUUUGUGCGCGGUGGUCGCAAUCAUCUUGAUGAAAACAUUGAAGCGUGACUUCACCCGGUAUUCAGCCAGCGAGGCUGAAGAGCUGGAAAACUUAGAUGGAAUUGGAGAUGAGAGUGGGUGGAAGCAAGUAAAUGGAGACGUGUUUCGAAAGCCAGACCAUUUGGCAAUUUUCACCGUGGUGUAUGCCUCGGGCUGCCAUCUGGCUUGCACUGUUUUCAUUGUCCUGAUCUUCGCAAUAUGCAACUCGUACUACGCAUCACGCGGAGCCACUGCAGGAUCCUUCGUCAUAGCUUACCUUUGUACAGUUAUAGUUGGCGGGUAUGAAGGUGGAAGAAUAUUCCGCAUGUUUGGAGGCCAGCACUGGAAAAGGACGAUGGUCUAUCAAUGCUUGUUCAUGCCCGGCCUUGCCUUCAUUAGUUUCGUCGUCAUCAACACGACAGCCAUAUUCUACAGAGCAACGCUUACAGUGCCGUUCAAUACGAUAUUCAUCAUUUUGGUGCUGUUCCUGGCUGUUUGUGUGCCCCUGCACACGGUUGGCACGCUACUUGGACGGCGAGCAGCUGCAGAGCGCUCCUUCCCCUGCCGCGUGCAUCAUCUGAAGAGGCCGAUUCCAACAAAGCAUUGGGCCUUCACACCCAUCAUGACGAUGGUUGCAGGAAUUGUGCCCUUUGGUUGUCUCUUCAUCGAGAUGUAUUUCAUCCUGUCUGCAGUUUGGAGCCACAACAAGAUCUACUAUGUCUACGGCUUCAUGUUUGCGAUUUUGGUAUUGCUUUGUCUCGUUAUUGUGUGCGUCAGCAUUACCUGCACCUACAUCCUCCUGAACGCGGAGGAUUACAGGUGGCAGUGGCAGUCGUACAUCAGUUGUGCAGCAACAGCAUUGUAUGUUUUCCUGUAUACGAUCCACUAUUUCUACAACUCCACGCAGAUGUCUGGCUUCUUGCAGACGGUGUACUACUUUGGUACGUCGCUGAAUUUCUGCAUCGGUCUCUCUUUAUUUUGCGGCUCGCUGGGCUUUAUCGGCUCCUCGAAGUUUGUGUUUCUCAUAUACAGCAACAUCAAAGCUGAGUGA